ACAAGCGCCGAAACCGUGAUGGUCGAGGUCGGCCCCGAGCUCAAGAAGUACUUCGUACACAAACCUCUUUUGACAUCGCAUUCGGAAUACUUUCGCAAGGCUCUGCAGGGAUCUUGGAAGGAGGCUCGAGAGGGGACAGUGUCACUGAAAGACGUUGAUGCAAGAGUGUUCAAACUCUUCGUUCACUGGAUCUACACGAAUGCGCUACCCAAAGAGAACGAACUCGACCAACUCACAGGUCCCUACGAGCCUGAUGGUCAAGCCUUUUGGUUCUACAUCAACGCGUACGUUUUCCGCGAUAGAUUCCUCGCCCUCGGCUUUCAACGAGCGGUUCAGGAAGCACUUGGAUCCUACCUUAACAAUCCCUUUCCUUGGGACGAUGACAGCAUCAAUGCGGUUCAAUACGCUGUAGCAAACAUCGCGCCACAUCGACCGAUUUUUCAACAACUGGUGGAUUACUAUUGCUUCUCGUGGAGAUGGACGGACGAUGAAGGUGGUACGAAGUGUAAUGCAGCCUUUAGAUCUCUUCUUCAAAAAGAACUCCCGACCAGUUUUGUUGUGAGAGUUAUGUGGAAGUUCCGUGAACUCCAGCAAAUUAGCGAGGGCAGAGUAGUGGAGACGAAGGCGCGCUGUUACAUCGAGCAUGGGUCAGAUAAGGAGGAAAAGCACUGCAAUAAGCUUCACAUGAGGUACGACUACAAGGACGAUUACGGAUAUUUCAGUGAGUGCAGAACGGAGGAAUGA